AUGAUCCUGCCUUUCAUUAAUCCACCCAUCACCCCCUGGAAGCGGCGGGCUGCCGCGUGCCGGGUGCCCUCCGCCAGCGGGUUUCUCCCCGCUGCGGCCAACUGCCCUAGCACCUUCCGUCUGCCUCCUUUCGCAAAAAGGCGGGGGUCCUCCCUUUGCGGGCAAAGGGUUGUCCCGGAAGGCUUCCUCCGACCCCUUUUUCGGCCCACGUUUGGCCCCGCAAGGGCGUUUCAUCGCCGCGUAAGGGAAGGUGCACCCCCCCCCCCCCCCCAGACCGCCGGCCAGCGCACCGCAGUGGGAGCGCUCCGCCCCUCCCUUCGUCCUGUGGUGAGCCGGCGCACGGGGGCAGGGGUCCCUUCCUCGCCAAAUCCUCGUUCUCACGGCUGCGGGGCCGCCGUGUCCGGGCGGGCGCCGAGCCCAUGCGAUCGCACCGACACCCCGUGGGUCUGCGGGCUCUGCGCAGUCGUGGCCUUCCUACUCGCUGCCCCCGCAGACCUCGCAACACGGCCCAGCGCCUGCGCGAGCACUGUGGAAGAACUUGUGCGCAGGGUGGUGGGAAGGCGGGUGGCAUCCGCGACCAUUCAGACCGCGCAAGGUUCGGAAUGCGUUGGUGGGGUGGCGCUCCAUAGCUACCUGGGGGGGCCGAGGUGUUCUGGGCUGUGCUUGCCGUUCCGUAGCUCCGCGGCGUCGGCCUCGCGCGGGCAAGAACAGGCCCCAUGCGAAUGCCACAACGACCACACACGCCUUCAGUUCCACGGGGACAAGUGUGAAGCAAGCGCUGGAGAGGCGCUCCAAUGCCACAGUUCAAU